UAAAAAAAAAUAAACAUGAAGACAUCAUCGUUUUCUCUACGUGUUAUGCGAAGGGCUCGAAAUAAACCAGCGGACGGAGGCGGCCAUGUCAAUCAAAAGAAUGCCACCGGACAGAAAGCAACACCACCAUGUCAAAAAGGUGCAUCUACUAAAGGAGGUCCAAAGACUCCCGUGAAGCCAUCGGCACAGAAAGGUGCAGCGAAGACAGCGCCCCCAAAGCAAGCUGCGGCUGCGGCGGUGAAAACUCCACAGGGCAAAAAGAAGAAGGGACACAAACAUCAGCAGUAUGAACUUAUUGUUACCAUCAAUUUGUCCGAAUAUGGUCUUACUGAGGAACAAGUUGCAGAAUUCAAGGAAGCGUUCAUGCUGUUCGACAAGGAUGAAGAUGGCACCAUCACGAUGGCGGAGCUGGGUGUUGUGAUGCGCUCGCUCGGACAACGACCUUCAGAGACGGAACUGAGAGACAUGGUGAAGGAGGUGGAUCAGGACGGCAAUGGAACUAUAGAAUUCAAUGAGUUCCUCCAAAUGAUGUCCAAGAAGAUGCGUGGGGCUGAUGGAGAGGACGAACUAAGGGAAGCUUUCAGGGUAUUUGACAAGAACAACGACGGCUUAAUUUCGUCGGUGGAAUUGCGCCAUGUGAUGACCAACCUGGGUGAGCGGCUGAGCGAGGAGGAAGUUGACGACAUGAUCCGCGAGGCCGACCUCGACGGUGAUGGCAUGGUCAACUACGAUGAGUUCGUAACAAUACUGACAUCGAAAAACUAGUAUGCAGAGCAAAGGCCACCGAGAGAUCGUCCCCCGCCCGUACCAAAACAGUGCGCUCACCACGAACUAUUCAGGUUCGGGGGGAAAGAAACUCUUAUAUAGUUGCCAAUGUUGCUCAGAACUUAUGUGAUCGUAAACAAACGUGUUUCCGUUUACCGUACAGUUGAAUACAAAAGUGUUGACGCAAACGUUAAGAAAAACUACGUUUUAUAGGAUGCGCUUUCGGCCAGUGUUUAGUGUGAAGUGUUAUAUACAUUGUAAAAUAUCUCAUUAAAACACAAUAUAAACGCUUUGAAAUGUUCUUUUAAUUGUGUCAUUUUGUAUCGCAUAAUAUUGGAACAUAUAACUAAAAAAAAUAUUAAAUUAUAAAUGUAAAAUUAUCAUUUUAUCGGUGUCCAAAAGGAAGGCAGGGUAAUCUGCACAUCUCUCAUAUUAUUGUUUUUUUUUUACCUUUUUUUAACUGAGUAGUCACUGUUUGCCUUAAGGAGGCAUUUA